UAAUUACUCAAAGAGUAUAUAUGUAGAAGUUGAGAGAUAGAAAGAAAGAACAAAGAGAGAUGGCUUCCCACCUCUCAUUUCCCACUCCCUCAGCUCUCCACUGCUCCUAUUUAAACUCCAAAUCUUCUUCUUUAUAUCACUCCAAUUUGAAGAAGAGGGUUGGGUUUCAUGUGAGCUGCAGCUCAGAGAAUGAGAGUUGUGCUUCAUCUUCUUCUGAUAAUCCACAAGAACCUGUGGUUGAAAAGGGAUCUCGGACGUCAAUCUCACGGAGAUGGUGUCUUACUUGCCUAUGCUCAACUGGAGCUCUGAUAAGCGCUUCUGGCCAGAAAGCAAUUGCCUUAGAUGGAAAUGAGAGAGCUUCCUGUCGGAACUGUGGGGGUAGUGGCGCUAUAAUAUGUGAUAUGUGUGGUGGUACAGGAAAAUGGAAAGCUCUAAACAGAAAACGAGCCAAAGAUGUUUACGAGUUCACUGAAUGCCCCAAUUGUUAUGGGCGAGGAAAACUUGUAUGUCCUGUAUGCUUGGGAACUGGUCUACCAAAUAAU